AAAUAACAUUUUCCAAGAACACAAGAAACAUGGACCCACGAGCCUUACCCUUCUCCGUUCUCCUCAUCCUCAUCGCAGCCACGACUUUGGCCAACGGCUACUCUCCUCCUCCACCACCUCCAACCACCGUAUAUCCCGCACCACCUCCAACCACCGUCUACCCCGCCGUGAAAACCGUGGAAGCAGCAGUGGAAGGAAUGGUGUACUGUCAAUCCUGCGACAAGUUCGGAUCAUGGUCCUUGGCAGGAGCAGAAGCCAUACCCGGAGCCAAAAUCAGCGUCAUCUGCAAGAACCACAAGCAACAAGUGAGCUUCUACAAAGUCUUUCAAACUGAUUCCUACGGUCACUUCUACGGUGAGCUCAAAGGACUUAAAAUGACUCCACAUUUCUUAGACCAUCCUCUCCACGCUUGCCGUGCCAAGCUCGUCUCUUCUCCUCGUGAGGAUUGUAAUCUCUUCUCCAACAUUAACAAUGCUUUGGAUGGAGCGAAGCUUCGGUAUGAAGAGAAGAGGGUCAAGUGGACUACCUAUGAGGCUGUGGUUUAUGCUGCUGGUCCAUUGGCUUUCCGUCCUGACCAUUGUUCCGAAACUGCUCCAUCACCUAGUUACUGAUUUGAUUUUUGGUGUUGAAAUAUCAUCAUAUGCUUAUUUGUAUAAUGUUUAUUGAGUUGUUAAUUUCUUCUUUUUUUUUUCCAUGGUUUGUCAAUUGUCUGUAUAAGAUGAGUUACGUGUUGAGUAAUAUUGUCAUGAGACUCGUUUGUAUCGACCUUACUCAGUUUUAUU